AUGUGUGCAACCACCUUCUCGAUAUUUUUCUAUGGUGACAGAAUUGGGGUCGAAAAUGCAGAGUGGCGAAAAGCAAAUGCUGCCGCCCUUAACAAAUCCUAUACGCUGCCACCCUUUAUCAGAUUCCGAGAAGAGUACCUGGUAGUAGACAAAUAUCGUCUCGCCAGCUGCCAAAUCGAGAAAGUCAUGACCACCAUCAAAGAGGCGAUAUUCUGUUUUUUGACAGAUUCAGAGAAAUUUCUGAGACAUAACAGAACGAUCAGCCGAGAGCAUUGGAGUAACAGGUUUUGCACUGAGGACCGACAUCUUGGAAAAAGUCUGGAUACGAUCAUUGAUAAACUCGGAAAGGAUAUGACUUUAUUCACAGUUGUCCGAGAUCCGAUUGAAAGGCUAAUCAGUGGGUUUGUGGACAAAUGUUUGAGGGAACGUUAUCUGUUCUUGAGUUCCUGCUACGGAUGUCCUCGAAACUUACGAUGCUUCGUCGACCGGCUACACUUCUCUUUACAAAACGUGGCGCGUAAUAAGCCUGGAGAUUACUACGUUGAUCGACAUUUUGCCCCACAGACUUGGUACUGCGACUUCAAAAAUCAUCUUGGCAGUUACACCAUAAUAAAAUACGAGAGUGAUAACGAUGGUGUUGUAAAAAUAGCCUCGCAAUUUAAUAAACUGUUCGAGCAAUCUGGAAUCUCGAAUUUCGAGCGCGGAAUAAUUGAGGAAGAGCUUUUGAAAGGAUCAACAUUACAUUCGACUCAUGGCUCCAAAGAAGUGUCUCUUGUAAGGGAAUUGAUACUAUCCGAUCAGGAAAUGCUUAUGAAAAUAAGCGAAAUUUAUUAUCACGAUUUCAUAAUCUUCGGUUUUCCUCUUCCUAUUCUGCAAAACACUUGA